GGGGAGGGAUCCAGGUAAAGAAGAGAACUGCCUCCAGGCUCUGCAUAAGGCAGUGUAGUGUGUGCUUACACAGUUUCUUUCCUGCCAGACUCGUUUUAUUCACAGGUGCUUGCAUUGUAAGGGUCACUGAUAACUAUUUACUCAGGUGCCCGGUUAUGCACAGGUGUGUGUGUGUGUGUGUGUGUGUGUGUGUGUGUGUUUACAUGAUAUCAGUCUCUCUGCCUACAGGCAUUUGUGUAUGUACUUCUGUGUAUCAGGGAACUGCCAUGAAAUCCAAAUUGCCCUUUGCCCCUUCAGAUGUGAAGUUGGGGACCGGCUGAAGGGAGGCGAAGGUGGAAGAGGAGCUGUUGGUAAAGGGAGGAAAAUUGCAUAACAAAGGACCAAGCAGAGAUUAAUAUCAGUCGACAUUUUCUUUGAAUCUUCCUUAUAAUUUUGGAGAAGUCUCUAAUAACUGGCAGAAAUGAUUUGUGAGCUUUGCCAAGACCUGCGAGUGAGGCAAACGUUGUGGCUUUUGGAAGAACAUUAGUAUCAGGGCUUUUACCUCGUUUCUGCUCUGAAGGUGAGUCAGCCCAGCUUUGAACUCAAAACUCUGAAAUUAACAUGUCAAAGAAUUUCCUGUGUUUCUGUAACUCCAAGACGCAAUCUUUUGAGGUCAGCAGACUCCAAGUUAUCUGGGGUUCCUCUUUCUUGUGAGGUGCAGUGGUAGAGCGCAUCACUACCUCAGAAGAGUUCCCUUCCUUCCCUCUUUGAGAAUCUGACUUUGAUCCCCAGACCCCAGCAGCUUGCUGGCCAGGGCUGGGUAGAGAGGGCAGCAAGUGGCAUGGAUCGGGGUUGCCUGUAGAGUUGGCGUCGCUGGUUUAGGUGGUAGCUGGGGUUGAGUGGCAGACGAAGGAAAUAAAAGGCUGAGGAAUCCAGGAUCACAUCCUACCUAGGAAUUUCUGACACCGCCCCUCUGCCUGAGUGGGGAAGGAGCGCCUGGCCCCUAAGGUAGGGGACUAGGUAGGGCCUGGGAAACUAAGCCCAUGCUUUAAAGCACUGAGGUCACUAGCGAUGUAAAGCCUUGUGUUGCAUCACACAGGUCAGACACAGGUUAUAGCUAGGAAGGUCUGAGCAGCCGUGGUGACCAACCGUCUGUUUUUGCCCAAGACUGAGAGAUUUCCCUGGGAUGUGUGACUUACUGGGCUGAAACUGGGACCAUUCCCAGCAGACUGGAACAGUUAGUCACCCCACCCUAGACUCUACCCCAAGAGUUAAUCCUUGCCAUUUCUAGGAAGACAAAGAAAGCCAAUUUAGAAUUUAUUUUCCAAAUCCCUUUCUUCCAAAAAUUAAAGUACCGAGAACCAUGUGCAGAGGGAACAAUCAACAAAGGCAACUUAUGGUCCAAGGGGGAAGUACAGAAGAGGAUAGCGCUCUCUCUACAACUGUGCCUCGGAGACUGAAGGAGCAGGGGACAGAGGUCUUUUGGCUGGUUGGUUGUGUAUGAACCUCAAUUACUGGUGGUAGUAUUUUGUUAACCAACUGCUUGCUGCCUCCUGAAGUCAUUACCCACCCUGGGGUUCCUCGAGGUAGGGAGUGGAUCAUCGCAUGAGAUGUGACAAAACUCCAACGUUUUUCAGUCCUUGAGUUAUUUUCAUUUCAUGUAAAUUUGUUUUGGAGAGAACGUUUCUUAUUACACAAAUAUCAAUAGAUGCUUAUUAAAUUUACAUACUAACCUUUAUCGUCCUCUGGUCUUGUAGAUUAGCGUCCUAGAGUCUAGACUUUUCUGUGUGGUUGCCUUGCUUUUUUCAUAAAUCUUGACAUACAACAAGACUCCCCACAUUCUCUCUGUACCCUUAAAACUAAGUUACCUUCUCAACAUCCUUAUUUGUAGCAGUAGCAUUUCCAUUUUACUUGUUCUCUGGGCUUGAAAUAUGGUGGCAUUUUCUUGGAGAGGCCUUCCCUGACCAAUUCAGCCCAUUCUUCUCUACCCAAUGCCUGGCAUUUUUCUUAAUAGCACUUAGUACCUGAGUUUAUAUUGAUAUAUUUAUUGGUUUGCUUUUUGUGUUGUCUUCCGUGUCCUUUGCAGAAAGCUUCAUGAGGGCCUGGACUUUGUUUAGUUCCCUCUGUGUCCCCAGGGCCCAGGAUAUUCCUAGGUGCAUAGUAGGCACUUAAUAGGUAACCAUGGGAUUAAUGAAUGUCCUCCCCACCGGAUUGUGAAGCCUGGUUGGGGAACGACCAUGUUUAUGAAGUCUGCAUGCAGUAAGACUUUUAGUGGAUGUUCAAAGAAUCAUUAAGGAUUUUUGCGGGGGAGGGCAGUUUUUUGCUAUUAGUCCUCUCCUCUCUAACCCAUCUCAAAUGCUACUAUGAAAUAAAUCUUUCUAAAUUACAUUUUUAUUCUUAAUUGCCUGUUUAAAGCCUGGGAUGAUUUCUCGCACACGUGAUGAAUCCCUGGAGUCUGCAUGUUGGAUUUGCUUGACUAAUAUUCAUGGAGUCCAGGACCUCUACCAUCUGAUCUUCCCUACUCGCCUAUUUUUCUCUCUCAUUCUUCUCUGACAAGAACCCUUUGCUCCCUCAGAAUUGAAUUAUUCUGCAACUACACAGCUUGGAAGAAGACCCCACAAUCCAGAAGAGAAUGCAGCUCACCAGGAACCUGCUCUUACUAGACCCUGAGUCGCUGUGCCAGGCAUCUGACUACAGAGUUUACAAGGAGCUAUGUCUCUUGUUGGAGAGAGUGCCCACCUGAGAUUGAGCUGGAACUUCACAUUCGUGAACACCAAUGUAUAUUUAUUUGCACUUGAGCUGAUGGGUGUACACAUCUCUGAGUUAUAGGCCCUGGAGAGUUUGCAGCCCUUACAGAAGAGAGUGAAGAGUGGAGUGGAAUGUACAAAGCACAGACUCUCAGACGCUGGAGAGAGAAUGGCCCAGGUGGAGAGAGCAGCUGGGCCAACAGCCUGCGACAGGAGCAGCCUGGUAAUUCAGAAGCAGAGCAAGGAGGACAUGUGUCUGGAAUGGAAGGAGAAAGGGCGAUAGCGUGGUGCUGUUGAGAAGUAAUGAGGGGCCGUAUCCUGUGGGGCCUCUGUAAGGGCUUUGGCUUUGACGUUGCCUGCAAUGGGGAGCAGGUGCAGGGUUCUGAGCAGAAGAGGCCGUGACCUGUUGUCUUGGGACUGGACUGCAGGCUGGUAGAGAGCUCAUUGCAGAAGCCUGGGGAAGAGAGGCUCGGGCCAGGAGGGUAGAAGUGGUCCUGGCUGCCUUCGGAAAUGCCUGAUAGAUUGACGUGGGAGUGCGAGAACCAGGAGUCAAGUGGCUAGCCACUUUCCUGAGGGAAAUAACAUCCUGGACUUGGCAGGAGCACGUGGGGGGCCCAGAGAAAUUGCCUCUUUCUUCCUGCAAAGCCAAGCCACGCCCUGGACUUGCCCCAGCCUGUGAUGUCUGAGACACUAAAGGCUUAUUUACCUGGGCUCCUGCCUCCUAAGGGGGGAGUAGGAGGGGGAUUUAAAGGCGGUCCGGGACACAAGAGGAAGCCGAGCCCUACAAGCCUUGAGAAAACGCCCCAUACAGUGCCUGCCACAAAUGCCAGCGCCCUUCCUGCCCUCCGAACCCUGGUCCAGAAUGACCACGAAUGUCUGCCUGGUGCUUUCAGUUUGCAGGGCUCCUCUCCACCCCGCAAGGCACCCAAAGGCAGGUGGGCACUGCCAAGCUCACUGUGAGGCCCCGGGGACAAACCCACUUGCCCAGUCCUGUCCUGGGGCGGUGGGGGUGCAGUGACGGCAGAUGGGCGUGCCAGCUGCCAGAUUCCUGAGACCCGCCCUGCAGUGGGCUGCGCCCAGCCAGGGAGUCUCCAGAGGUGAGGCCGUUGUUUAAAAACUGGGAGCCAGGAGCGGAGCCCCCCUCACUCAAGGGUGCUCUCAGGCGAUCUGGAGAGAGAACCGUGGCAGCAGGGAGCCAGGUGAGGUCCUCUCUGGGGAUCACCCCAUUGGCUAAAGAUGAAUCCACUCCUUCUCCUGUGGUUUGUCUUGCCCAGCUUCCUGUAUGCGCAGCAAGCCUGCUCCCGUGGGGCCUGCUAUCCCCCUGUUGGGGACCUGCUCAUUGGGAGGACCCGGUUUCUCCGAGCUUCAUCCACCUGUGGACUGACCAGGCCUGAGACCUACUGCACCCAGUACGGCGAGUGGCAGAUGAAAUGCUGCAAGUGCGACUCCAGGAUGCCUCACAAUUACAACAGUCACCGAGUGGAGAAUGUGGUUUCGUCUUCAGGCCCCACACGCUGGUGGCAGUCGAAGAACGAUGUGAACCCUGUCUCUCUGCAGCUGGACCUGGACAGGAGAUUCCAGCUUCGAGACAUCACAGUUCACUUUAAGGGCCCCAUGCCCGCCGGGAUGCUGAUCGAGCGCUCCUCAGACUUCGGUAAGACGUGGCAUGUGUACCAGUACUUGGCCACCGACUGCACGUCUGCCUUCCCCCGUGUCCACCAGGGCCAGCCUCAGAGCUGGCAGGACGCUCGGUGCCGGUCUCUGCCCCCAAGGACGAACACGCACCAAGAUGGGGGUAAGGUCCAGCUUAACCUUAUGGAUUUAGCCUCUAGGAUUCCAGCAACUCAGAGUCAAAAAAUUCAAGAGCUGGGGGAGAUCACAAACUUGAGAAUCAACUUCACCAGGCUGGCCCCGGUGCCCCAGAGGGUCUACUAUCCCCCCAGUGCCUACUACGCAGUGUCCCAGCUGCGUCUGCAAGGGAGCUGCUUCUGUCAUGGCCACGCCGACCGCUGCGCCCCUGAGACCGGAGCCCCUGCAGGGAGCGUGCAGGUCCACGACGUCUGCGUCUGCCAGCACAACACUGCCGGCCCCAACUGUGAACGCUGUGCGCCUUUCUAUAACAAUCGGCCCUGGAGACCUGCGGAUGACCAGGACCCACAUGAAUGCCAAAGAUGUGACUGCAAUGGCCACUCAGAGACAUGUCACUUCGACCCAGCUGUGUUUGCCAACAGCCAGGGGGCACAUGGAGGGGUAUGUGACAACUGCCGGGACCACACCGAAGGCAGGAACUGUGAGCGGUGUCAGCUGCACUUUUUCCGGAACCGGCGCCCUGGUGCUCCCAUCGAGGAGACCUGUAUCCCCUGCGAAUGUGACCCGGAUGGGGCGGUGCCGGGGGUUCCCUGCGACCCAGUGACCGGGCAGUGUGUGUGCAAGGAGCACGUGCAGGGGGAGCGCUGUGACCUGUGCAAGCCAGGAUUUACAGGACUCACCUACGCUAACCCACAGGGCUGCCACCGCUGUGACUGCAGUGUCCUGGGGUCCCGACCCGACAUGCCGUGUGAUGAGGAGAGCGGCCGCUGCCUGUGUCUGCCCCAUGUGGUGGGCCCCAAAUGUGACCAGUGCGCUCCCUACUACUGGAAGCUGGCCAGUGGCCAGGGCUGCGAGCCGUGUGCCUGUGACCCAAACAACUCCCUCAGCCCCCACUGCAACCAGUUCACAGGACAGUGCCCCUGUCGGGAAGGGUUUGGGGGCCUGACGUGCAACGCUGCUGCCAUCCGCCAGUGUCCUGACCAGACCUACGGAGACACGGCCGUGGGAUGCCGAGCCUGUGACUGUGACUUCCGGGGAACCGAGGGCCCAGGCUGUGACAAGGCCUCAGGCCGCUGCCUCUGCCGCCCUGGCUUGACCGGGCCCCGCUGUGACCAGUGCCAGCGAGGCUACUGUGACCGCUACCCAGUGUGCGUGGCCUGCCAUCCUUGCUUCCAGACCUAUGACGCCGACCUCCAGGAGCAGAUCCUACGCCUCGACAGCCUCCGCAAUGCCACCGCCGCCCUGAGGCUCCGUCCGGGCCUCGAGGACCCCAGUCUGGCCUCCCGGAUCCUGGAUGCAAAGAGCAAGAUUGCACAGAUCCAAGCAAUUCUCGGCGGUGCCCCAGCCACGGAGCGGGAGGUGGCCCAGCUGGCCAGUGCCAUCUUCUCUCUCAGGCGGACCAUGCAGGACCUACAGCGCCCUCUGCCCCUGGAGGAGACCUUGUCCCUCCCAGGAGACCUAGAGAACCUGGACAGAAGCUUCAAUCACCUCCUCAUUAUGUAUCAGAAUAAGAGGGAGCAGUUUGAAAAGAUCAGCAGUGCGGACCCUGCAGGAGCCUUCCAGAUGCUGACCACAGCCUACCAGCGGUCAUUCCAGGCCGACCGGCAGGUCUCUGACAGUGUCCGCCGGCUAGUCCAAGUCAGGGACAGCCGGAGAGAGGCCAAGAGGCUGGAGGAGCAGGUGGGAGGCGGAGGAGGAGCCAGUGGCCCCCAGCUUGCAGCCCUGAAGCUGCAGAUGGCUUCCUUGCCUGAUCUGACACCCACCAUCAACAAGCUCUGUGGGGGCUCCAGGGAGACAGCCUGCACCCCAGGAGCGUGCCCUGGAGAGCUCUGUCCCCGAGACAACGGCACAGCCUGUGGCUCCCACUGCAGAGGCGCCCUCCCCAGGGCUGGCGAGGCCUUCCGGACAGCAGGGCAGGUGGCCGAGCAGCUACGGGGCUUCAACACCCAGCUCCAGCAGACCAGGCAGAUGAUCAGGGCAGCCGAGGAGGCUGCGUCACAGGUGCAAUCCGAUGCCCAGCGCCUGGAGACCCAGGUGAGCACCAGCCGCGCCCAGAUGGAGGAAGGCGUCAGGCGCACACGGCUCCUUAUCCAGCAGGUCCGGGACUUCCUCUCAGACCCUGACACCGACGCGGCCACCAUCCAGGAGGUCAGCGAGGCCGUGCUGGCCCUGUGGCUGCCCACAGACUCCGCCACAGUCCUGCGGAAGAUGAGCGAGAUCCAGGCCAUCGCAGCCCGGCUCCCCAACGUGGACCUGGUGCUGGCACAGACCAAGCAGGACAUCGCCCGAGCUCGCAGGCUCCAGGCUGAGGCCGAGCAGGCCAGGAGCCGAGCCCACGCAGUGGAGGGCCAGGUGGAGGACGUGGCAGGGAACCUGCAGCAGGGCACCGUGGCGCUGCAGGAGGCUCAGAGCACCAUGCAAGGCACCAGCCGCUCCCUUCGGCUUAUUCAGGACAGGGUCACUGAGGUUCAGCAGGUGCUGGGGCCGGCGGAAAGACUGGUGACAGGCAUGAUGGAGCAGCUGGGUGACUUCCGAGCACGGAUGGAGGAGCUGCGCCGCCAGGCCCAGCAGCAGCGGGCACAGGCAGCCCAGGCUCAGCGGCUGGCGGAGGGCGCCAGCGAGCAGGCCCUGAGUGCCCAGGAGGGGUUUGAAAGAAUAAAGCAAAAAUAUGCCGAGCUGAAGGACCGGUUGAGUCAGAGCUCCACGCUGGGGGAGCAGGGCAGUCGGAUCCUGAGCGUCAAGACGGAGGCAGAGGAGCUGUUUGGGGAGACCAUGGAGAUGAUGGACAAGAUGAGAGAUAUGGAGUCAGAGCUGCUACAGGGGAGCCAGGCCAUCAUGCUUCGCUCAGCCGACCUGACAGGGCUGGAGAAGCGCGUGGAGCAGAUCCGCGACCACAUCAACGAGCGGGUGCUCUACUACGCCACCUGCAAGUGAUGCUCCAGCUGCCAGCCCUCGGGUGCACACAUCUGCCCCCUUUGCUUUGGGGGACAGGCUGCUUUGGAAUGCUUUCCAGCUCCUCUUGUUGCAGCCGAAAGCACCACCUGGACCACCCCUGGUGUGCAGCACUUCAGGUUACUCUGGGUCAGAGCUGAGCCUGAACUGACGGACAACCACACCUGAGGGACAAGAGAUGGCAGAGCGGAGCCAUGUCAUCAUGACGGGGGCGGGGUCUCAGGUGGAGGGAGCUCGGCUGGGCGGUGUCCUCGCUCUUUGGUCUCCAUGGAGGCUGAAUCCUGGACCGACACAAAACUUAAUCCAAAUGAUGUACAAGUAAAAAAGCCCAAUAAAAAUCUUUGGAAAGGAUCCUGGAGGUUCAAAGAGGGAAACGAGCGUGUCUCCUACCGAGUAAACCGUUACCACUUGUCUCCAUCUCCCAAGGCCUGGUGGUGUAGGAAGCACAGGCCGCCCCGCUCCGCGCAGUCCCGCUCGCUCCUCACCCACUUGGGGAGAUGGAGCCCCUCUGCCCAGGACCAGAUGGCUUCCACCGUGAGACACCAAGGAGCCAUUUCAU